CCAGUCACAGCCUCCUGGCCUGGCACUGGGGCUUUUGAGGCGGUGCCUCAGAGGUGGUGGCAGGCGGUUGGGUGCUGCAGACAGGAAGAGAGCCGAGAGAGGGGGCCCUGCCUUUCCCUUGUCGCUGGGUCUGUGGUGGGCACGGCGGCGGCAAGCAUGGCCCCAGAGUUCCCACUGCUCUUUGAGCUCCUUACGCUGGCCUGCACCCUGCUCAGGGCCCUGGCCACCCAAGAGGUGCGGCAGUACCCCCCCUACGCGAUUGCCCCCGAGGGGGGCUCCGUCGACAUCACCUGCUCCACCAGCGGGUCCCCGUUCGGGGUCUACCUGAAGCAGAGGUGGCCGAGGCCUAGCAGUGUGAUUUACUACGAAGACGAGAAGGAGCCCACGGUGGAUGAGCAGUUUCGGGGACGCGUUGUCUUCUCGGGGCGGCAGCACAACCUGACGGUCACCGUGCACCGCCUGCAGCCGGCCGACACCGGGGCUUAUGCCUGCCAGGCGGUCGCGAAGGACGAGGUCUGGGGCCCCGGCACCUUGGUCGUGGUGACAGACAAGCCGCCCGAGGCAGCGGACACGAGCCGGGAGGCCCCGCUGACACGCUUUUCCUUCCCCGUGGCCCUGGCGAUGGGCUGCUUCUUCAUCGGGCUGGCGCUGGGGGCGACGUGUGUGCUGAGGAGGACACAGAUCAAGAAACUCUGCCGCCUGAAGGAUAAGAACCCGGCGUGCGUGGUGUACGAGGACAUGUCCUGUGGCAACCGGAACACGGUGUCCAUCCCCAACGUGUACCAGUGAGCCCCGCGGGCCCCCCAGGCUGCCUAGGUGCAGCUCGCGGAGGGCCGCCUGACCCGGCGAGGUCGCUCAGGCAGAUCCCUGCGGCCGUCGGGCUCCCGGCACCUCCUCCAGGAGGCCUUCCUUGCUUACUUCCUGCCUUGCGGGCUGCCCUGCUCUGCUGGUUCUGGCACCUCGCGGCCACCAGGCAGGAAGCCUCUCUGACCUGCUGCUUGCUGCCCUUGCCCUCAAACGGCGGGGGGGAGGGGGGGCUCCUCUGCAGGAUGGACUUGGGCCCUGGGCCUGGGAGAGGGGCAAGAGGGAGGGGUCGCCCAGCCCCUGAAAUAAAGCACUUCUUCUCCCCC